ACUCCCCUACCUCCUCCUCCGACGAGAAAUUUCCCAUCGGAGGCCGUCGUCUCCGUCUCCCCGUUUGCUACUCCGGCGCCGGCGAGGCCACCUCGGUCGUUUCCCUCCCUCCUCCACCCACUCGCCUUCCCGGCCGCCGCGGAGCUCUGCCCCCCCCCACUCUCCCUACGUCUAGCUGCGCUACUUGUUGUCUCCCCCACCUCUCUUCCUCUGCCGCCGCACAGCUUGCCUUCCUCGUCGUCUCGUCUCCUUCAGCGCCGGCGAGAAGCCCCCCGGCCGCCGAGCUUGCCCCGUCUCCGGCGGCUAGGCGCUGCCGCCUCCUGACCACGCGGGUUUUCUGCCCCUGCCGCUGACCCCACCCACCGCCGGCUUGCUAGGGCUUAUUGGAUAAGAUGUCGUCCAAGAAGAACUACUACAAGGAGAAGAUGAUGCGGCGGAAAGAGGAGAAAAAAGAAGAACCAGAGACACCAAGGUAUCGAGAUCGUGCUAAGGAGCGUCGUGAAGAUCAAAACCCUGAUUAUGAACCUACAGAGCUUGGUUCAUUUCAUGCUGUGGCACCUCCUGGAGCAGAUUUAAGGCUAGCAGAUGCACACAAGAUAUCUAUUGAGAAAAGCAAAUAUCUCGGAGGUGAUCUGGAACAUACACAUUUGGUCAAAGGCUUGGACUAUGCUCUACUUCACAAAGUACGAAGUGAAAUAGAAAAGAAGCCUGAAGCAGAAGAUGGAAAGGAUACACAGUCAAGGUCUACAAAAGAAGAUCAAGCAGUCUCAUUCCGCACUGCAGCUGCAAAGUCUGUCUAUCAAUGGAUCAUAAAGCCACAAAGCAUCAUAAAGUCGAAUGAAAUGUUUCUUCCUGGUCGGAUGGCAUUUAUUUACAACAUGGAGGAUGGACUUACCAAUGAUAUUCCGACAACACUUCACAGGAGCAAAGCUGAUUGCUCUGUUCCAGAGGAGAUGGUAACUGUCAGUGUGGAUGGUUCUGUACUUGAUAGGAUUGCUAAAAUCAUGUCAUACCUUCGACUUGGAUCAUCUGGGAAAGUCUUGAAGAAAAAGAAAAAGGAGAGGGACACAAAAGGGAAGAACAGUUUAGCAAGUGGUGACUACGAUGAGGUAGCUAGACCUGGCCAAACUAAUGGGUCUGCUCUGAAACAUCAAUUUGAAAAGGAUAUGCCACCGCCGCCACCCCCUCGAAAUAAUAAUUUAAGCAAAAAUGAGAAACCGUCUGCUCCAGUUGCUAGAGCAGAUGAAGAUGACAUUUUUGUUGGAGAUGGGGUUUACUAUUCUGUUCCUAACAAGGAAAUGAGCCAGAGCCCUGUCUCUGAAGAUAUGGAUGAGUCCCCACAUAACCAUCAGAAGCAGUCCUAUUUCACUGAAGAGAAACCUAUCUAUGGGCCCAUCCCACCAUCUGACCCUGCUCAAGCUUGGCCACAACCGAAUGCGUACGAUGCUAUUCAAGCUCAAAUGGUAGCUGCUGGAUAUCAAGGGGAGUGGUCAGGCUAUCAGUAUGGCGAACAACAGAUGGCUUAUCCAGAACAGUACAUGCAACAAAGCGCUCAGGACUGUGAUGUACUAGCUGAUCCAAAUAUAACCCAGGAUCCAAGGUUGAUGACUCAAGCAGAUAAAGACAGAGGUCUUGGUUCUGUUUUCAAACGCGAUGAUGAAAGGCUUAAACAGCUGAGGGAGAAAGAUGCACGGGAGAAAGAUCCUAAUUUUAUCUCGGAUAGUUACUCCGAGUGCUAUCCUGGUUAUCAGGAGUAUAAUCAUGAGAUUGCAGGCAGCGAUGAAGAAGAUGAUUUAUCGAAGAUGGACAUGGGUGGCCGGGCUAAGGGCCGUCUUCACAGGUGGGACUUUGAGACAGAAGAGGAGUGGGCCACAUACAACGACCAGAAGGAAGCCAUGCCGAAGGCUGCAUUCCAGUUUGGGGUGAAGAUGCAGGAUGGCAGGAAGACGAGGAAGCAGAACAAGGACCAGAAGCUCACGAAUGACCUCCACAAAAUCAACAAGAUACUUGCGAGAAAGAAAGGUGACAAAGAUGGAGGGCAUGAUGGCGGGCAUUACGAUGAUGAUAUGCCAAGUGGGAAGAAGCAACGUGCCUGAUGCUAUUAGACACUUAUAGUUUAUCCUGCGAGAGGUAAAACUGUAUUUGUACUAGGAAUUACAGUGCCAUGAACACCUGACAGUUGUAAUGUUCUGCGUUUUGGCCGGUGCAGAAGGGAAAAAGAACGGGAUGGCCAUGCUUUCGAGCUGAAACAGUGAUAAUAUGUAGCUCAUCCAUUUUUAUAACAGAACAGCCCGUAAUUUGCUUUGUUUUACUACGAAAAGAAAAAAACAUCGAAAGUCCAAUUUUCCAUGACAAUGUACGCGUUAAGUCAUCUGCUAA